AUGGCGAUUGAGGUCGAAUCGGAAGGCCGUGUGGUGGCUAAUUAUCUUAUUAUCCCACCCUCCCCGAAGUCAAAAUGGACGAUCGCGGACUUUGAGCUUCUGCAUAAAUUAGGCAGUGGAAACUAUGGCGAUGUUUACCUUGCCGCGGUCCGAAGCUGUAAUUUCAUCGUCGCGCUUAAAAAGCUUUCCAUCAAAAAAUUGGCGGAAUUCGACAUUGUCAACCAGCUUCGUCGGGAGAUCGAGAUCGCGUUCCAUACUCGUCAUAAAUAUCUUCUCCGCACCUAUUGCUUCUUUUUUGACGAGAAUGAUAUCUUCCUAGUGAUGGAGCCCUGCAGUAGUGGCAUGCUCUAUAGCGAGCUCAACCGGGUGAAGGUCUUUCCCCCCACCCUAGCCGCCCGCUACGUCGCGCAGCUCACCGAGGCUCUUUUUUACCUCCACCAACACCACAUCCUCCAUCGCGAUAUCAAACCCGAGAACAUCUUUCUGGAUCACAAUAAUAACAUUAAGUUGGCGGACUUUGGCUGGUCCGUUCAUGAUCCGAAUAACCGUCGAAAGACGUCAUGCGGGACGCCGGAGUACUUCCCGCCCGAGAUUGUCAGUCGCCAACCGUACGAUAUGUCGGCCGAUCUUUGGUGUUUAGGAAUUUUUUGCUAUGAGCUUCUUGUCGGGCAAACCCCUUUUAUUGGAAAAGACAACGACCAGAUCUAUAAGAAUAUCUACUCCAUGCAGUUCACCAUCCCGAAUACAGUACCCACGGAGGCGAAUGACUUGAUUUCGAAUUUGCUCGUUAAGGAUGGAUCGAUGCGGAUGGCCUUGCAUCGCGUGUUAAAUCAUCCGUUUCUGAUGAAGUACUACUACGUGCCGAAUAAUCUGAGGCCGCCGUCUGGGAAGCGUCCGCGUGGUUGA